AUGAGCCCGGGAACAAUGACGUCCACCGAGGUCUUUCUGCUGCCGCUCAACGACGACGGCUCGCCUCGCGUCCCCGGCGAGUACGUCUACCUGGCGCCCAAGUCGCACGACCCCAUCACGCUCAGAUUCGCCAUUGAAGGCACGUCGUCGAUAUGUCGUCAUGGCAGCCUCUGGGUCAACAUCCCCGCAAAGGGCGCGCACUUUCGUCGCGACCACUUUACCGAGUUCAAGCUCACGCCCGACUUCAACCGCACAAUUGAGAUCUCCAUCCCCAUCUACCAGCCUGGCGCCUAUGCCUUCUACACCACCUUUGCCCAGCUUCCAGACCUCGAGCCCCACCUCGCAGCAGACUCCCCCAAGCACCUGGCAAAGACGCCCCUCUACUACAUCGAUGUCGCCCCCAGGCUGCGCCUCGACGGCCGGCCCUUGCCUCUGCCGGCCCUCUCCAUCUUCUCCGUUAUUGGCAAGUUCAUGGGCAAGUAUCCCGCAGAUUGGGAGCGCCACCUGCGCGGCAUCAGCGCCCGCGGCUACAACAUGGUUCACUUCACUCCCCUGCAGGUUCGCGGCGAUUCCAAUUCGCCUUUUAGCCUCUACGACCAGUUAGCCUGGGACCCCGACUGCUUCCCUGCCGGUGAGGCCGACGUGCGCCAGCUCGUCGACAGCAUGGAGAAGAAGCACUCGCUGCUCAGCCUGACUGACAUUGUCCUCAACCACACCGCAAACAACACCGCGUGGCUGCAGCAACACCCAGAAGCGGGCUACAAUCUAUCCACCGCCCCGUGGCUCGAGCCCGCCUGCGUCCUCGACACCGAGUUGCUCGAGCUGGGCAAGAGGCUGCACUCACUGGGGUUGCCCGUCGACCCCAAGUCUACCGAUGACUUGAUGCGCAUCAUGGAAGCCAUCAAAACAGAGGUCAUGGCCAAGAUCAGGCUAUGGGAGUACUACGCCCUCGACGUCGAUCGCGACGCGGACGCCGCAGUGGACGCGUGGACCCGAGGCGAAACCUUUGACUCUACAAAGGCCGCCGGCUACGAGGAAAAGGUCCAAAGCCUGGGAAAGGCCUCACUAGCCAACCGCGUCUCUUUUCUUAGACAGUUUGGGCUGCUCGGCAUGGACCGCAUGGGCGAGCGCUACAGACGAAGGGUCGACCCCGCCGUCGCAGCAAGCCUGCUCUCCUUUACGUACGGGCGUUACGAGGCCGAUUCCCACUCCUCGCCUGACAAGGCUGCCGCAAGAGCCAAAGUGCUCGAGAUCCUGGAGGCCUUGAAUGUCGACUUUUACCGGGAAUACGAUACCGACGUCGACGAAAUCUUGGAUCAGCUGUACAACCGCAUCAAGUAUGUCCGCCUCGAUGAGCAUGGGCCGAAGCUUGGCCCCAUCAACGACGAAAACCCCCUUAUAGAGUCCUACUUCACCCGCCUUCCCCACAACGACACCACGUCCAAGCACAAGCCUCAGGACCUCGUCUUGGUCAAUAAUGGCUGGGUAUGGGGCGGCAACGCGCUCGUCGACAACGCCGGCCCCGGCUCUCGGGUCUACUUGAGGCGUGAGGUGAUUGUAUGGGGAGACUGCGUCAAGUUGCGCUACGGUGCCGGCCCCGAAGAAAGCCCCUGGCUGUGGCAGCACAUGACGGCCUAUGCACGCAUGUUGGCCAAGUAUUUUGCCGGCUUCCGCAUCGACAACUGCCACUCGACUCCGAUCCACGUGGCCGAGUACAUUCUCGACGAGGCACGCCGCGCUCGACCCGACCUGUAUGUCGUUGCCGAGCUCUUCACGGGCUCGGAGGAGAUGGACUAUGUAUUUGUCAAGCGCCUGGGCCUCAGCUCACUGGUGCGCGAGGCCAUGCAGGCGUGGAGCACGGCCGAGCUGAGCCGGCUCGUCCACAGGCACGGUGGACGCCCCAUUGGCAGCUUCGAGGUCGACGAGAUGACGCGGUCCGACACGUUCUCGCCGGCGUCUAGCCCCACGGCGGAGACGACAAACGGCCACCUCUCCCGCGAGAUCAUUCGGACAGUCAAGCCGACGCCCGUCCACGCGCUCUUCAUGGACUGUACUCAUGACAAUGAAACGCCGGCGCAGAAGCGCGACGCGCGGGACACCCUGCCCAACGCGGCCCUGGUCAGUAUGUGCUCCAGCGCGACCGGCAGCGUCAUGGGCUACGACGAAAUCUAUCCCAAGCUGGUCGAUCUGGUGAACGAGACCCGGCUUUACGCAUCCGACUCGUCCACCUCGGACUCGUCCAAGCCUGGGCGCUGCAAGAAUGGCAUCGGCGACGUCAAGAAGCUUCUGAACCAGAUCCACACUCUCAUGGGCAAGGACGGCUACGACGAGACGCAUAUCCACCACGAAGACGAAUACAUCACCGUGCACAGGGUGCACCCCGAAUCCCGCAAAGGAUACUUCCUCAUCGCCCACACGGCUUUUCCCGGCUACGGCAACGGCAACGGGGCCUUGAGUCCUGUUCAUCUGACUGGCACGCGGGCCAGACACCUGGGCAGCUGGAUGCUCGAGGUGGACGCGAGCGAGGAAGCGACAAAGCAGGCACUGGGCGAUCAGAGGCUGCUCCGUGGCCUGCCGAGUCGCGUUGUCGACGUGGCAGGAAUCCGGAUGGACGCACGAGGCGACGACACCCUCAUCACCGUGCGUGACAAGUUUCCUCCCGGAAGCAUUGCUCUCUUCGAAACCUGGAUCCCCGCCGCAGAACACUCAACUGGCUUGGAUACAUACGUGACGUCGGGCGCCGACUCGGCUUGGAGCGACCUCAACCUCGUCGAUUUGAAUUUCCUCAUGUACCGAUGCGAAGCCGAGGAGCUGGACGCAAGCGGUGGACGAGACGGCACCUACGACAUCCCCGGCCAUGGCAAGCUCGUAUAUGCCGGCAUCCAGGGCUGGUGGAGCGUGCUCAAGGACAUCGUCCGUGACAACAACCUCGCUCAUCCCCUCUGCCAAAAUCUCCGGGACGGCAAAUGGGCUCUCGACUAUGUGGUCGGCCGGGUGGAGCGCAUGAGCAAGACGGCUGGCAACGAGCGGCUUGCCAAGCCAGCCAAAUGGCUCCAGGAGCGAUUCGACGCCAUCCGGACCGUGCCCAGCUUCCUGCUCCCCCGAUACUUUGGCCUCGUGAUGCGCACUGCCCACCGGGCGAGCUGGCAAAGGGCCAUGGAGCUGAUGGAUGGCAACAUCAAAGAGGGACAAUGGUUCCUGCAGAGCCUUGCCAUGGUCAGCGUCCAACAGAUGGGCUACGUAAAAUCGGCGUCCCUGUGGCCAAGCAAGUCGGUGCCCUGCGUCGCCGCCGGCCUGCCCCAUUUUGCUGUUGAGUGGUCACGAUGCUGGGGUCGCGACGUGUUUAUCUCUAUCCGCGGCUUGUUCCUGGGCACUGGACGCUUCGACGAGUGCAGGGAGCACAUUCUCGCAUUUGCCAGCGUUUUGAAACACGGCAUGAUACCCAACCUCUUGAGCAGCGGCGAUGCCCCACGGUACAACUCGCGAGACUCGAUCUGGUUUUUCCUACAGACAAUUCAGGAUUAUGUACGCUACGCCCCUGGCGGAAGCGCGCUGCUCAAGGAAAGGGUGAAGCGGCGAUUCUUGCCGCACGAUGACACGUGGUUCCCGACGGACGACGCGCGGGCCUAUUCCAAGGAGAGCUCCGUCGAAGAGGUAAUCCAGGAGGCCCUGCAGAGGCAUGCCUCGGGAAUGAAGUAUCGAGAAGCGAAUGCCGGGCCGCAAAUCGACUCGCAGAUGAGAGACGAGGGCUUUAACCAGGAAAUCAGGGUGGAUUGGAGCACGGGCAUCGUCUUUGGUGGAAACCAGUCCAACUGCGGGACGUGGAUGGACAAGAUGGGUGAAAGCGAGAAGGCCGGCUCCAAGGGCAUCCCUGGGACCCCGCGCGACGGAGCCGCCAUUGAGAUCACGGGCCUGCUAUACAGUGCGCUCGUCUGGCUCGACCGGCUUCACCGGCAAGGCAGCUACGCCCAUCAGGGAGUCAAGAAGGCUGACGGCAGCUCCGUCUCGUUUGCAGACUGGGCGGCCCGCAUCAAGGACAACUUUGAAAGAUGCUACUUUGUGCCGGUGUCGCCGGACGAGGACUCCAAGUACGACGUCAACACGGCGAUCGUCAACCGCCGAGGCAUCUACAAGGACCUGUACAAGUCGGGCAAGGAGUAUGAGGACUACCAGCUGCGGCCCAACUUUGCCAUUGCCAUGACGGUGGCGCCGUCGCUCUUUGAUGCCGAUCACGCGAUGCACGCGCUGUGUCUGGCCGACUCGGUCCUCCGCGGGCCGACCGGGAUGGCGACGCUGGACCCCGCCGAUCUCAACUACCGGCCCUUUUACCGCAACAGCGAGGACAGCGACGACUUUGCGACGAGCAAGGGCCGCAACUACCACCAGGGCCCCGAGUGGCUCUGGCCGACGGGCUUCUUCCUCCGCGCGCUGCUCAAGUUUGAUCUCGCGAGGCGCACGACGCACGAGGGACGGACGGAGGCAUUUCAGCAGGUCACGCGCAGGCUGAGUGGCUGCAAGCAGAUGAUGGGCGAGAGCGCGUGGGCGGGCCUAACGGAGCUGACGCAGAAGAAUGGAGAAUACUGCCCCGACUCGAGCCCGACGCAGGCGUGGUCGGCAGGUUGCCUCAUCGACCUGUACAUGGACGCGCUGGAAGAGCAGCGGCGGGCGACAGAGCAGGAGCGGUAG